AUGACUUCCUUCAGAUUGCAUUCGAAACAAUACCUCCAAACGCAUACCAUCCCGGACGCCUCACCGGCAGACAUCUACAGCGUCGCAACAACCCCCAAACACCUCAUCACCGCCUCCGGCUCCUCCUCCCUACACAUCUACUCUACCUCCCCUACAAAUGACGAAAACAACCCUUACCCCCUCAUCCAAACUUUGGAAAAUGCCCACAAACUAGGCGCCCACCACAUCGCCGUCAGUGCAAAUGGCAAGACCGCCGCGUCCGCUGGUUUCGGCGGCGAGCUAAAGAUCUGGUCCUGCAAUGAUGAAGACGACACCCCACCAUGGAGUGCCAGAGGUUCAAUACUCGAUUCUGCAGAAAACAGUGCUGCCAAGAAUGCAGGGGAGAUCUGGUCUAUUGCGUUGAGUGAGGAUGGUCAAUUCCUGGCUGCCACAACUUUCGACGGACGCAUUAACGUCUGGGACCUCAACACCCUCACUUCCUCCGAGCCGGCUACCAAGCUUCGCGAAUACGAGACAAAAGGUAGUUUUGGUAUGAGUGUUGCGCUGUCUUCUGAUGGCGAGUUUACGGCUUCGGGACAUGCGAACGGUGCUGUGUAUUUGUUCAACAACACUACUGGAAGGUUGGCACAUUCGCUACAAGGGCUGGUAAAGCCAGUGAGGACGGUGGCCUUCUCGCCUGCGAGUAAAUUCCUCGCUGCAGGUGGUGAUGCAAAGGUCAUUGCGCUCUACGAUGUCAAGAACGGUGAGCAGGUUGCAAAUCUCACUGGUAGCCAGAGUUGGGUCAUGAGUCUGGAUUGGAGUGACUCGGGUGAGAAUCUAUUGAGCGGUGCUUAUGAUGGCAAGGCAAAGGUCUGGAGUGUUGAACGCCGCGAGUGCGUUGCUACUCAGACUGAAUCCGACAAGACUCUUUGGGCUGUAAAGUGGCUACCCAAGACACCUAUGACGAGAAACGAAACUUUCGUCACAGUCGGCGCAAACAGGAGCAUCAGCUUCUACCGCGAGGCCAGCGGUGGUUGA